AUGAAACGACAAAAGAGAAAAAUUGUACUAUUUUUGGACAAUUGCACUGCCAAUAACAGUCCUCCUACAUUGUCCAACGUAGAACUCUACUUCUUUCCGCCAAAUACAACUUCCAAACUGCAACCAGUGGGCCAGGGUAUCAUCCAUAAUUUAAAGACGUUGGAUCUCACAGAAGUUGUUAAGAUCGUUUUAGAAUCUCUCAAUAAGCAGCUAAUUACGAAUAUCACAGAUCUGACAGCUAUUUUACUGAUUGGCAAGGCAUGGAGAGCUGUAACACCCCUAAAGGGCUUCGUAAAAGAUGAUCAGGACAAUUCGCAAAUAAUUAUGGAUGAUGAAGAACCAUCAAUGGUACCAGUGGUUGACAUCAGCGAUGUGAGUUUUUCUGUCUAUGUUCAAGUGUAUGAAGAUGUUGCUGUUUCAGGAUCACUAACCGAUGGCGAAAUUUUAUCUGCGACAGAUACGAAUGAAAAGAGCAACGAUGAAGAUGAAGACGUUACAUCAGAACCUUUGACAGAGGUGUCAGUUCAGGUAGCAAGAGCCUCAUUCGAUAACUUACAAAGCUUUUGUCUACAAAACAAAACUGAUGAAACAGCAUAUCAGGCACUUUUUCUCCUUCAAGAAAAUUAG